CGGCUCCGGCGGCGACGCUUGCUCCUAGCUGCCGCCGUGACCAGUGUCAACCUCCCUCCAGAGACUCCAUUUGCUCUCAGGGCAGUCUGGCCACUGCGCAGGCAGACGGAGAGCGAUGCCUCCUUCACGCGGACUGGCGUCCCCUGGGCCGAGCAGCGGCUCGCUCGCCGGCUGGCUGCGGCGGUGACACCCGGUCGCCAGCGGCCACAGAGGAAUCCGGGCUCCCUCCGCGUGAGCAAAGACGUCCCGCGCCUCGGAGCUCGCCCUGCUGGGAGAGGCCCUCGCUUACACGGCUUCACUUUGACCUCUUAAUUUCAGGAGGUUUCGGAGGCUCCGAGUACCUCAACAGCCCCUCCCACAGGAACUGCAGUACUUCUGUUGGCCCAUCGAGGAUCAUCCUCCACCAGGAUUAUUGUAUAACAUCACCACUGAGCCUUCCACCCCAUACCCUCUACCAUGAGUCCUGAUUUCCACCAGUGUAAUUUUUUGAUGCUUUCCUUAAUCAUGUAACACCACCUAUUGUCUACCCUUUUUCCUUUCCGGCUGUUAAAUACAUUAGGUAUAAGUUUGUGUGCUGUUAAUGUACAAAGUUUUCUGCCUGUCCACUUUCGCCUUAUUUGCACCGCACACUUCUCUCCAGCGUGCCUUACCUUGCUUGCUUAUGAUUUCGAUAACCACUCACUUCCGUAACCUGUAAUAGCCCUUAUCUGGAAAAGGCAGCAUUCCAUACAAUGCACUACCUGAAAGAGAACAGUCAGGGGAUAAGUUUUCCCGUUAUAUUUUCCUAUAUGUCAAGUAUGCAAGUCCUCUCUUAAACUAUCCAUUGUCCAGAACAUUUAUCCAAAUAUUCCCACCUGAGCCUUAGUCCUUUAGCAAACAGCUUCACCUGUAAUGAUGGCAAGAAGAACUGAGUAUUCAAUAAGACUGUUUUAGAGACCUCGCUGGUACAAUAUUGGUUGCAAUCUCCAUUGAGAUUGUAGUUCAUGAAAAGACCUUAAACUAAAUGAGGAGGAAGAAAGAUAGAAGAUAGGGUUAAUUGGAACUAGUCCUUGUUGAAGAAAUUUUGUAAGUUUUAAAACAGCAAAGUGAGAGUCACAUAGGCCUUGCCUGGAAAUUGGCCAGCACAUUAUCCAUCUAGGCCCUAGGGGGACAGGGGAGGAAUUUUAAAACCCCAUUUUCUAAUCUCAUUGUGUUUAAGUCUAAGCUGAUAGAUAUCUUGUUCUAGUGAUUGCCUGAAAUACUGAACAUUAAAAUGUUGGGGAAGCGUAAGCGUGUGGUAUUGACAAUUAAGGAUAAGCUUGACAUUAUUAAGAAACUUGAGGAGGGCAUCUCUUUCAAAAAACUUUCUGUGGUAUAUGGAAUUGGUGAAUCCACAGUUCGUGAUAUUAAAAAGAACAAAGAAAGGAUAAUAAAUUAUGCAAACAGUUCCGAUCCUACAAGUGGGGUGUCCAAACGUAAAUCUAUGAAGUCAUCUACAUAUGAGGAACUUGAUAGAGUUAUGAUAGAGUGGUUUAACCAGCAGAAAACAGAUGGGAUUCCAGUGUCUGGAACAAUUUGUGCAAAACAAGCCAAGUUCUUUUUUGAUGCUUUAGGGAUGGAAGGUGAUUUUAAUGCAUCAUCUGGCUGGCUAACUCGAUUUAAGCAGCGCCACGGUAUUCCCAAGGCUGCUGGUAAAGGAACAAAAUUAAAAGGAGAUGAAACUGCUGCCAGUGAAUUUUGUGGUAACUUCCAGGAAUUUGUUGAAAGAGAGAAUCUACAACCAGAGCAAAUUUAUGGUGCUGAUCAAACUGGAUUGUUCUGGAAAUGUUUACCACCCAGGACAUUAGUUCUUGAAACUGAGCAAAGUACUUCUGGUUAUAGGUCAAGCAGAGAGAGAAUCAUUAUUAUGUGUUGUGCAAAUGCCACAGGUUUGCACAAACUUAAUCUUUGUGUUGUGGGAAAGGCAAAAAAACCCCGUGCGUUCAAAGGAGCUGAUCUUUCAAACCUUCCUGUCGCUUAUUUCAGUCAAAAAAGUGCAUGGAUAGAACAUUCUGUUUUCAGACAGUGGUUUGAAAAAUACUUUGUGCCACAGGUACAGAAGCAUUUGAAAUCCAAGGGGCUUUUAGAAAAAGCAGUGCUGCUUUUGGAUUUUCCUCCAGCACAUCCAAAUGAAGAAUUGUUGAGUUCAGAUGAUGGCAGAAUAAUUGUCAAAUAUCUACCACCAAAUGUUGCAAGUCUAAUUCAACCUAUGAGCCAGGGAGUUCUAGCCACGGUAAAAAGAUACUACCGAGCAGGGCUUCUCCAGAAAUACAUGGAUGAAGGAAUUGAUCCAAAAAUGUUUUGGAAGAACUUGACAGUGUUGGAUGCAAUUUAUGAAGUAUCAAGAGCUUGGAACAUGGUAAAAUCAAGUACCAUAACCAAAGCUUGGAAAAAACUUUUCCCUGGCAAUGAAGAGAAUUCAGGUAUGAACAUUGAUGAAGGAGCCAUUUUAGCAGCUAAUUUAGCAACGGUUCUACAGAAUACAGAAGACUGUGAACAUGUUGACAUUGAGAAUAUUGAUCAGUGGUUUGACUCUCAGAGUAAUAACUCAAGCUGUCAGGUGCUAACUGACAGUGAAGGUGCUGAGGACCAGUCCAAGCCUGCUGAGAAAAAGCCUGCUAACAAGACUAGAAAAACAGAAGUGAAUCCAGAGAAGCACAUUAGCCAUAAAGCUGCACUUGAGUGGACUGAAAAUUUACUGGAUUACUUAGAACAACAAGAUGACAUGCUUCUGUCUGAUAAACUGGUAUUACGGAGGCUCCGAACGAUGAUAAGAAGAAAACAGAAGAUCCAAAAUAACAAAAAUCAUUAGUAAUGCUCUUAAGCCUUUCUUUGUAUUCAAAUCUUUGUGACUUUAUCUGCAGUGGAACUUACCUUGCUUGAAGUGCUAUGGAUUUCAAGGCCAAAUACAUUUUAUAAAUAAUUUUAGGAUUAGAUGCCAUUUUGGAUUACUUAAAUUACUGCUCUUUAAUGUCAAUUCAAGUAAGUGAGCAUUGACAUGUAACUUGUCUGUCUUUGUUUCUGAUCUGUAUUAUAAUAAUUAGAUCAUAAGAUUCCUGAGGCCAGGGAUCUUGUGUCUGUUUUGUGCCUGAAUUUCAUUGUGUCUAAUAGAGGACCGUGCACACUAUAGGCAAUCAAUAAAUCUAACUUAAAUUGAUUUUUAUGACUUUCUGUGAACUUCAGUUUCCAGAUUGAAAUAUGUUGGAAGUAACUUUCCAUUUCCAUGAUUUCCUAUCCUGCUGAAAAUUUUAGAAAUCAGCCAAGAUGCUUAAAAGUAUUUCACUGUUGAAAGCAGAGAACUAAAGGAAAACAGUCUAAAGCCUUAAAUAUAAAAUUCUAUACCAACAGUAUGUGGCACUCAACAAUUCAGAUUGACCAUCUCUGAGUAUAAUGAAGGAAGAAGAAAUAGCUUAAGAGGUCCCUAGGGCUUGCACUUUACUUUUACUCUAUCUGACAGUGGGAAGAGGUCCUUCACAGUGGAAAGAAUACCAUCCCUGUUUAAAAAAAAAAAAAAUAGAUUUCAGUUCCCAAAUCAUUGCAAUUAGAAGAGGUAAGGGGGGGGGGGGUUAAUUUUAAUUAUCUGUCAUUUUGAUCUUUUAUUAGUAUAGAUGUCAACAGUUUUUAAUAAGCUCUUUGAUAUUUAUGUAGUACUUUUAAGCUUACAAAGUCUGCCUUUUUUUCUCUCAGGUAAUAUUUUUAUUUUUUUCCUGUGAGAAAUACUGAGAAUAUAAGCAUCAUGUACUUUGUGGAACCAUUCCAUGAACAUUGGACUGACAUUAAAAAGAAUAAGAGAAAGGCACUGUAGAACAGUCAUGUGACCAUGGGCAAGUUACUUACUCUCUGUAAAACAGGAAUGCCUGUCCUGGAGAGGUUUUGUGAGAAGUAAAUGAGUUAACAUAUGAAGUAACAUGGGCUUCAUGGGCUUAGAUCAGGUCCUGACUCAGAGUAAGUCAUCUUUGAGUGUUAGUUACUGUUACUGAGUUGCAGAAAUUAGGAGUUUCAGAAGUGUGCUGAACAGAUCUAGUGUGUGACUCAACCAUGCUAUUGCUGCAUUAGGAAAACCAUUUAGAGAUGGAAGUGAGAUGAAAGAGAUACAAGUAGCUAGUUUCUGUUGAAAAUACAUUACUAUUUCAGUGAAAAAGGAAAGGUUAAUCUAAGUAUCAUUUGUUGACCACAUUUUGCUAGGUACAGUGUGGUAUGCAGGUACGUGU